AUGAGAUUAUACCUGCUAGUUUCUGUAUAUCAAAACGGGAAACAAAUUGUCAAAUCUUCAGCAAUAAGUAUUGAACCCCCUGGACUUUUAUCUGAUCUUUUAAAGUUGGCUCUUUCUACUAAUGAUAUACCAAACGUGAAUAUAUCAGUUGACUUUCAAAAAGAUAAUUCAAAAGAUUGGCAUAUAAUAUUAAAAGGAAUUCAAGAGAACUUAGAAAUAUUAAUUUUUUUAAAUGCUACACAUAUUAGAUUCAUAUGGAAUGAUGAUUAUGAUGAUAUCAAUAAUUCUCAAGCAGAAAUUCACAAAAAUGCCUUUAAUAUUUUAAUGAGUAAUGCUACAAAUAUUCAUUUUCCUCUAGCACAAGGUUUAACCACCCGAAAUAACCUUUUAUAUAAUCACGUUAUUGAUCUUUUAAGAAUCCAAAACUUGGGUGGUUUGGGAACGCUCACACAACUUCUGGGGUACAAAGAAUUACCAGAAUAUAAAGCAAAAGCUCUAGAAAAUUCAUUAAUUCAACCGUGGGCAAGUGAUAAAAAAUGGGAACAAUUUAUCGAUGAAGUUAUUCAAUUAUGUGCGACAUCAAAAAAGUAUGUAGAAUAUUUAGAUAAUGUAAAUAAUAGGAUGCGCAUUAUUCAUAGCAGUAGUAUACCUAUACGAAAUGGGAUUGAUCACAUAAAAGUACUAUUAGAUAUUAAUAAAACUUCAUCAAUGAGUAAUAAAUAUACCGAUAUUAUUAAUUUAAUGCAAGAUAAGGCUGAGUAUGAUCCUAUCUGCAUUGACUAUCUUAUUCCACAUAAUGUUUUUCAAGCUGCAUAUUUGGAAGUAAUGGAACUUCCAUUUAAUAUUACAUUAUAUCGUUACUAUAGUGGGAAUUAUAUUGGUACUUUAAAUUGGAUUUGUAAAAGACCAGAUACCGUUGAGUUAUUUGAUAAAACUAAAGAGUCACAAUCUUUACUAAAAGCGCACGAGUCAUUACCAAAAUACAGUACACGGCAAAUGAGAAAAAAUGUGAUUAAUAAAUAUUCACUUUAUACACGAUUGUCACCUGCUAUAUUAUUACAAGAAUGCAUAAAAUUGAUGUAUGAAACUCAAGAUCCAAAUAUUGUAUUUGAUUUACGAAAAAAUGGAGGAUUUAAAGGAACUAAAUUUGAUGAAUUUUUGAACGAAAUGGAUGCAUAUUUUAAUGAAGUAAUUGCAAUAUCAAUUCAAGAACUACGUGAAAGUAUUAUAGAACGCCUAAAAGCUAAGCAUGAUGAAGAAAAAUUUUCAACAAUUUCAGUUCCAAGCAAUGACAAACAUAAAGUUCCAAUCAGAGAAAUAGUUGAAACAUCAACAGGAGUUCGCAAUAAAGCUACAUUAGCAUUUGCUGAUAUGGAGUUAACAUCAUGUGAUCAUAAUUUUACAAAACUUUCAAUAACACCAUCUGUUUCAUUAUUAUGUAAUAUUCCUAAAGAUAUCAGCGAAAGUUUCUAUCAAGGGCAAUGUUUACGUGAAAAAUAUACUAUUUUGCCCGAAAUGCUAGUUAUUUAUACUGAUGGUGGCGCUGACCAUCAAACUACAUUUGGUUCUGUUCAACUUGCAAUGAUUUGUCUGUUUUUGGAAGGAGAUUUUGAUUUUUAG